AUGAGCGACAGCGAAUUGCUCUGCGCCGCCGCCAAAGACGGUCUUCUGGAUGACGUCCAACGCCUUCUCCAAGCUGGGGCCGACGUCAACCAACGUCACGACGGGUCAACCCCCCUCUUUGCUGCUGCUGCCAACGGACACGCAGCUGUCGUGGAGACGCUGUUGGCUGCUGGCGCCAAUCCCUUUCAACCCAACGACGGCGGAUUCACGCCACUGCACAUUGCUGCAAUCGUGGGCUCGACAGAGCUCGUGGCACUGCUCUUGGCACAUCCACGCAUCGUCAUUGACAUCAGUCGGCGGAUGCGAACACCGUUGCAUUUGGCAGCAGAAUAUAACCAUGCGGGUGUUGUCACUCUGCUUUUGGCUGCGCAUGCCAACGUGCCCGCGCGUUCGAUGGGCAACGAUUCGCCCUUGCACUUGGCUGCAAGAAAUGGUCACGACAGCGUCGUCUCGAUACUGUUGGCUGCGAACGCCACCGUUGACUGCGUAGCCCAUGACUGGACGCCCUUGCACUUGGCUGCACAAGAUGGUCACGACAGCGUCGUCUCCAUGUUGUUGGCUGCGAACGCCACCGUUGACUGCACAGCCGUAAAUGGUUCGACGCCCCUGCACUUGGCUGCACAGAAUGGUCACGGCGGUGUCGUCUCGAUACUGUUGGCUGCGAACGCCGCCAUUGACUGCGCAGCCUGGGCUCGGACACCCUUGCUCUUGGCUGCACAAUAUGGUCACAGCGGUAUCGUCUCCAUGCUGCUGGCUGCCAACGCCGCCGUUGACUACACAUCCGAUGGUUGGACGUCCUUGCACUGGGCUGGCCAAUUUGGUCACGACAGCGUCGUCGCGAUGCUGUUGGCUGCGAACGCCAAUGUAAACGCACAUAUCGAGAGCGGAGAGACGGCAAUCUUUUUUGCGGCUAAAGCAGGGCACCUUGACGUUGUGAAGCGUUUGCUGGCCGCCGACGCCGACCCAAAUUUUCCCAACCAAACGAGAUCAACGCCGCUGUAUGUGGCCGCCACCCACGGACAUCAUACUGUCGUGCAACAGCUUCUUCGCUCCAACGCAGACGUGACGCUGGCCACAGAGGCAAUGCAGACACCGCUGCAUGUUGCCGUCGCCGCCGGGCAUCACAGCGUCGUCGAGGUGCUUUUGGACGCUGGCGCCAGCGUGGACUGCAAGAACAACGACCACAAGACGCUGUAUAAGCUGGCCCUCGAGCUCGAGAACGAAGAGCUCCUCGCCCUUUUCCGAGCACGAAUGGACACCUCCGAGACCAACGACGCGCCGCUCAACACGACACCGGUGUAA